AUGGAGAAUUUUAAAUUUCUUAAUAAUUUGCCCAAAGUUGAGUUACACGCUCAUUUGAAUGGGUCGCUAAACAUUGCCGCUAUGCUCGAGUUGGGCGAGAAAGUGUAUGGAAAGAAAUCGGCGGAGUUUACAGAUCUCUGUGAACGGCUAACUAAAUUCGAGCCCGGCUGCAUACUGGACGAAUGUUUCAAGCGGUUUGCUUUCGUGCACGACCUGACAUCAACAAAGGAAGGAUUGCGCUACGCUACGGAACUGGUUAUACGUGAUUUUGCUGUGGACCACGUAAUGUACCUCGAGCUACGUACAACGCCGAAGUCUAAUAAGAACAUGACGCGCCGAGAAUAUGUGCAGAUCGUGCUAGAUGCUAUAAAGGAAGCACGCCAGAAAUUUUCCAACAUACGUGUGAAACUGCUACUCUCCAUUAAUCGCGCUGAGCCGGUGGCCGUGGCGGAUGAAACUGUGACUUUAGCUCUGGAGUUCUUUAAAUCGGAGCCCGACAUUGUGGUUGGCAUGGACUUAAGCGGAAACCCCAACAAGGGGGAAUUCAAGGCAUUUACAAGUGCCCUACAUCGGGCAGGUGAAGGUGGUCUCCGCUUGACAUUGCACUGCGCCGAAGUGAAUAACCCGAAGGAGACGAAGGAGAUGCUGGAGUUUGGCAUGUCGCGAUGCGGUCAUGGCACCCACCUAAGCGCAGAAGAUAUUGCAUAUCUAAGGAAUCACGAUAUACCCGUCGAAUGCUGCCUGACCAGCAAUAUAAAAACGGGUACUGUGUCCAGUUUCGUGGAUCACCAUCUGAAAAGGCUCAUGGAAGCCGAGGCGCCUACUGUGCUAUGCACAGACGACUGUGGCAUCUUCGAUACAACGCUUACCAAGGAAUUCUGUGUGGCGAGCCAAAGUCUUGGAAUGACAGACCAUCAAUGCAUCGAUUUAACUAUGCAAGCAAUUAAGUAUUCAUUUGCCACGGAAGCUGAUCGUAGUUGGAUGAUUCAGCAAGUUAACAAAUACGCUAAAGGUUUGGAAAAUACUGCAUUUUUGUAAUUUAAUUUAAUUUUAUAUUGUUUUUGUCUUUAACUUUAUAGUAGAGAACCGAUUUACCGAGUUUAUAAGAUAUAGCCUUGACUUCUUUGGUAUUUACCUUUACGAAAUAUUGAAUUUUUGUUGUGCAUAUAUAUUUUUAUUUUGAA